UUCCUUUUCAAUUUUCGUCCUACAAGCGAACAACCAGUCCGCGCGCGGUCGAUUCACGUUCGACACGACACGACGAAGGGACGACGACGGACGUAUAAGUAUUGCCGCCGCCGUCACUAUCACAUCUAUCCGGUUGUGGUUUUCAGUCCUCCACAGACGACGACAACGACGACGAAGACGACGUUUGGCUCUCGACGCUAUCAUGGCCCGAACGCCCGUCGUGGUUUUCGCACUCAUCGCGGCCAUCGGUCUGCGGCGAACAGCGGGCGCGGCGGAUCGCUGGGCACGAGCCACAACAAACGGUUUUAGCAUUCUGGAAAAUACAAAUAUUGCCGAACAAAACGUGGGCGUCAGCACCAUCAGCGGCCGAUGUGCCAACGACAAGGCGUACAAACUUAACGAAAGAGCGAUUUUAAGUAUAGAAACGUCUCAGAUAUUUCCCGAGUUCCAGCAAUUUCCCUUAGAUUUUUCAAUAUUGGCCGAGAUCAGAACUGACCAAGGUUCCGAUACAAACAGAGUUUUUCUCAUUUACAACGAAGCGGGAGAUGAACAGUUUGGUUUGACAGUUGGGAAUGACAUCGUGUUGUUUUACAACGACAUGGAAGCUCAAGAGGGAUAUAAGACCAAAGUCAAAUUUAAUUCUAUCAUCAACGAUAACCGGUGGCAUAAAUUAUUGUUCAGUAUUAAAGGAAAUUCAGUGACUAUGAUUUUGGACUGCGAUAAACAAGUCACAAAAGAACUUAAGAGAAAUACGACAAUUAGCAAUUCAGGAAUCUUGAUGAUUGGCCAACAACUAGAUGAAACAUUUUACCUGGGUGACAUUCAAGAGUUAAGGUUUUAUUCAACGCCAGAUGCUGCUUAUGAAAUGUGUUCCGUCCCGAUGGAUGUCUGUAUUGAAAUGCAAAAUAAAACCGUAACACCGAAAACUGACAUGACGGACGUAAACGAAUUUGAAGAAUCUUCCACGGCUGACGCGAAUUUAUUGGAAACAACGAGUGUUACAUACAACCCAAGAUCGUCCGAUGCGAACAUCAGCCAGUCCGCAUACGGUAUUCUGCAAUCUCCGUGCUCGUCGUCCGUUCGCGGAUAUCCUGGUCCACCCGGAGUGCAAGGGCCCCAAGGUCCAAAAGGAGAUUCUGGCCGUGAUGGCAUAGACGGGUAUGCCGGUAUACAAGGACCUCCGGGACACGUGUUUCUAAUACCACUGAAUCAAAAUCAAGGGGAGAAAGGUCCGGAUAGCCAAGCCGAAAUGUUCAGACAAAUGUUGGCACAACAUAUGUUAUCGAUGAGAGGAAUUGAUGGACCAAUGGGUAUGACUGGGGUUGUAGGACCAGAAGGUCCACCUGGUCCCGAAGGGCCUAAAGGCGAGUCUGGUGAACAAGGAGAAGUGGGACCAAGAGGUGUUAGAGGGAUGCCAGGUCCACCAGGUCGUGAUGGACACAGGGGUAAACCAGGUAGAGAUGGAGAACGAGGAGUUACAGGACCACCUGGAGUCAAAGGAGAGCCCGGAGUACCGGGACCAAUGGGAUUGCCUGGAGAAAAAGGAGAUCGUGGACUUACGGGUCAAGUUGGUGUUACAGGCCCCCGUGGUAGUGAUGGACCUCAAGGUGAAGAAGGGCCUCAAGGCUUAGCUGGCUUACCCGGAGAAAUGGGACCAAGAGGCUUCGCUGGUCUACGUGGAUUCCCUGGUUCCCCUGGUCCUCCAGGAAUUCCAGGAUCAGAAGGACCUACAGGUUCUAAGGGUAACACUGGAAAUACUGGAAUUCCUGGACCACCUGGUCAGAUUGGUGCUGCUGGUCCCGUUGGUUCUACUGGAUCACCAGGCGCUUUAGGCCCUCCGGGAGAUCAAGGACCUCCGGGAAAACCAGGAUUGCCAGGAUUACCAGGAGCUGAUGGAUUACCCGGACACCCCGGAAAUACAGGUGCUGUUGGAUCCAAAGGAGAUACUGGAUCAAUUGGAUCACCAGGUCCCAUAGGUUUUUCAGGAACACGUGGUGUAAAAGGCGACAUAGGUGUUCGUGGUCCAAUUGGAGAAAAAGGAGACAAAGGAGACAGAGGAUCCGAUGGAGAAAAGGGAGAUCAAGGACUCAAAGGAGAGCCAGGAUUGGCUGGACCACCAGGUUUAGUCGGAAUUGAAGGUCCAGAAGGGCCAAAAGGAUCUGAAGGACCUCACGGCGAAAGUGGUACAAUUGGAUUAUCAGGUGAAAAAGGGAAACCAGGACCCGCUGGACUGCCAGGAUAUCCUGGUGCUCCAGGUGAAAAAGGUGACAAAGGAGCAUAUGGUAAAGAUGGCAUCUCUGGUGAAAAGGGGGAACGAGGUAAUACAGGAUUACCAGGAGAACGAGGAGAAACUGGACCUAGAGGAUUCAGAGGCGCAAGAGGCCGUGAAGGAUCUGAAGGAAUCCCCGGACCAAAGGGUGAUACUGGACAACCUGGGCCUACUGGUGCUUUGGGAGAACGUGGAAUACCGGGUGCGGAUGGCUUAAGAGGAUUUGUCGGUCCUCCAGGUGCUCCCGGAAUUAGUGGAAAAGAUGGUUUACCUGGCUUUCCGAGAGAACGAGGUCCUCCAGGUGACACGGGACCAAUAGGUGUUACUGGAAUCCCUGGAGUCGUUGGGCCACCAGGUCAAUCAGGCGAAAUAGGUUCUGUUGGAGAACCAGGGCCAUCGGGUCAACCAGGAUUACCAGGAGAAGCAGGAAGACCGGGUGACGCAGGAAAAGAAGGACUUCCAGGUCCAGUUGGUCCACCUGGAAAAUUAGGCGAGCCUGGUUCCCCAGGGACUACAAGGGUUCCCAGGGGAUAG